AUGAUAAAACCAUUACUUGGUUCUACUAUAGAAUAUAUUUAUUGACUAUCAGCUACUGACUUACUAUAUGAUAGCAUGGAUGAUUUUAUUAAUUAAAAUAAUUAAAGCUUGUUGUAUUUUUAAUAGUGUUCCAGAUUAAUAGAACAUAGCUUGCCUUUUUAAUGAUCAUGGAUUACACUAACUAUACAGCUAAAAUGCAGAAUUUGCAUGACUUGGCAAUGUUUCGAUUCAAUUUCUGGCACAAGCCUUUUCUUUCUCCGCCAGCUGCUCAUCAGCCAUUUCCGACAGGCAUGGACUCCUUCAUUCCUAAUCCCAUGGGAUCACCAGCGCUGAUGGUUCUUGCCAGCACGGCUGAGAAUCACGAGGGAUCACGCCUGAACGGUACACCCAGGUUCACCAACCCAGACAGCAAAGAAGGCUCACCACAGUUUACCACACCCAACUUCACUAUGUACCGACCCGGUGAGCAUUUCCCAUCGCCAAUAUAUGCGCCAGUCCACCCGCUGGUGAGGGCAGGGGUGAGGUCCGACAGGUCAGGGGUGGGAAUCAUGCAUCCGGCAGGUAGCAGUGCAUUCCGCCAUGUUUCAGGUGAAAAUACUUUAGACCAGUUUCAUUCAGCAUUCUCCCCUGCAAAGAGACCCAAGCCAGAAGACCUUUCGAAAAAAUCGCAUACAGCGUCCAAUGACUCGAACCAUAAUCAUAAUGAAAGUAUUUGUGAGGACCGACCCUCUAGUCAGAGCUCAGUAAACUAUGAGACGAACUCUGACUCCUACUCCGAACAUGGGGACAGAGGGACACCAGAUUCUGAAGGACGGUCUCUGAGAAAGCAAAGAAAGAAGAUCGUUUUGGACGGACAGACGCCACACUGCCCAAUAUGCGGUCUCACCUUGAGACCUGGGGAGGCAGACAGUCAUUUACAGGCUGAGGUAGAAAAACUGGAGAAACUCUCCACAAGAGGUGUCCGCAAAUCUAGGGAGACCACUCCGCAAGGCAGAAAGAUGCAGCCAUCACCAAGUUCUUGUCGUGGCAAAGACUCACCCGGGUUGGCCGCCGCUUCACACGCCAGAUAUGAGAACUACUUGAGGAUCCAGUGCAAUAGACAGUCCCGUCUUGGAGCGCGGAGUCGUAGCCGCAAGAAGCGCCAGGAGGAGACGGUGUGUCCAGUGUGCAACAAGAAGGUCACCGGGACACCAGAGGAGCUGAAUGAACACGUCGAACUCUGUCUGAAAAAGCGAGAUGAGGAGGAUGGUGUAAUGGUUGACGUGGAAACGGAUGGCGAGGAUAACCUUGGUUACGAGGAAUACACAUGGGCUGGGCAAACCAGGAUACGAGCAUCCACCAUGCUGGACGGUGGAUAUGCAGGCACAGGUUUCCAGGUUGCAGGGUGCAGUAGUGAAGGGCUGGAUGAGGAUGCAGAUCUCAAUGUUGAUGAUGACGAUUCAGAAAAAUAUGGGAAACCUCAAUACAGUGAAGCAGACGUGAUUCCGUGUGCGUCUGAUGAGCCUGGUGAAGAUCAGGAGAGGGAAGCCCUCAGGGGAGCUGUACUCAGUGCUGCCGAUCUGCCGUCCCAUCUGUCAAACCAAGAUCGACUGGUGGAAACAGAUAUUGAGGGUGCCCACCACCCUGCCCCGGGGGUCAAGGUCAAGGUUGAGUUCAGUGAGGAGGCCUGUAUUGGUGGCUCUGCCGGACAGAUCAUCACGGCCCUCAAAUGUAAGCUGAAGGACCGCAGCAGAGAAGCAGCCGCCACAAAAUGUCUGAUCUGUAUGGAGCCCUACAGUAAGCCAGUGACAUCAACUCAGUGCUGGCACGUACACUGUGAGGAGUGUUGGCUCAGAACCAUGGGUGCAAAGAAGUUGUGUCCACAAUGUAACAUGAUUACCUCCCCUGCUGAUCUCCGACGGAUAUACUUGUAGCACUUAUCUCCCUUUGCAGAACUUUGUCAGAUUAACCUCUAGCAAGCAGUUGCAUCAAUGCUUAAAACUGGUUCAGUUCUUUUAGCUAUUAACUCAAAUGAUUUCAACCAGCUUAUGGUGUUGAACAUGCUUACCUGCAUGCAAAGCUGUAGAAACUGUGUUAGCAUGGUGCAACUUCAUACAUGUAUAAUGAACUGAUUUUGAGACAAACUAUUGUCCCACAAAAGGGUUUUGCACUCUUGACAGUUUAUAUGAUGACACGUAGUAUUUUCUAGAUUUUUCGGGAAAUAAUUUCAUCCAGUCUGAUAAAAUCGUUGAUAUUGAUAACAUAAAUUGAGUGUUGCAUUUUCUGUAUUCUGUCUUGGAUGACAGGAUAUAGCACAACCAGUAACCAGCUCUAAACAAAAUAUUAAAUAAUAAUAAAAUUAUUAUAAUUAUUAUGCCCCCCUUCGAAGAAGAGGGGUAUAUUGCUUUGCACAUGUCGGUCGGUCUGUCGGUCCGUCCACCAGGUGGUUUCCGGAUGAUAACUCAAGAACGCUUGGGGCUAGGAUCAUGAAACUUCAUAGGUACAUUGAUCAUGACUUGCAGAUGACCCCUAUUGAUUUUGAGGGCACUAGGUCAAAGGUCAAGGUCACGGUGACCCGAAAUAGUAAAAUGGUUUCUGGAUGAUAACUCAAGAACGCAUACGCCUACGAUCAUGAAACUUCAUGGGUAGAUUGAUCAUGACUUGCAGAUGACCUCUAUUGAUUUUGAGGUUACUAGGUCAAAGGUCAAGGUCACGGUGACCCGAAAUAGUAAAAUGGUUUCCGGAUGAUAACUCAAGAACGCAUACACCUAGGAUCAUGAAACUUCAUGGGUAGAUUGAUCAUGACUCGCAGAUGACCCCUAUCGAUUUUGAUGUCACUAGGUCAAAGGUCAAGGUCACGGUGACCCGAAAUAGUAAAAUGGUUUCCGGAUGAUAACUCAAGAACGCAUACGCCUAGGAUCAUGAAACUUCAUGGGUAGAUUGAUCAUGACUCGCAGAUGACCCCUAUCGGUUUUGAGGUCACUAGGUCAAAGGUCAAGGUCACGGUGACCCGAAAUAGUAAAAUGGUUUUCGGAUGAUAACUCAAGAACGCAUACGCCUAGGAUCAUUAAACUUCAUAGGUAGAUUGAUCAUGACUCGCAGAUGACCCCUAUUGAUUUUGAGGUCACAAGUCAAAGGUCAAGGUCACGGUGACCCGAAAUAGUAAAAUGAUUUUCGGAUGAUAACUCAAGAACGCUUUUGCCUAGGAUCAUGACACUUCAUAGGUAGAUUGAUCGUGACUCGCAGAUGACCCCUAUUGAUUUUCAGGUCACUAGGUCAAAGGUCAAGGUCACAGUAACAAAAAUCGUAUUCACACAAUGGCUGCCACUACAACGGACAGCCCAUAUGGGGGGCAUGCAUGUUUUACAAACAGCCCUUGUUAAAUUAUAAAUCAUUUUUGAUAAAAUAAUGCAUUUAUUGUAAAAUGUACACGGUUUAUUUAUAUGAAAUACCCAUUGCUUGCAAAAACUACUGAUUUAUCUGUUUGAAAGGUAUUUGGUACUUUAUUGUGAGGAUUGUUCUAUGUAGAUAUGGGAAUGAGGGACCUUGUUAUAUGUGCAUUCUUUGGUGUUUGCUAGAGUUUUAAAUGCACCAAAUAACCAAACAUCACUUGUGCUAUAUUUAUUUACACAUAACUUUAUUACUGAAUCCUUUGUAAAUUUAUUCUAGUGAUCGACUUACUGAUUUGUUUGGUAUUUCUUAGAUUUCUUGUUUUUGUUACUGUCUUUGUUUGAUAUUAAGCAAUAAAUCAUAAUAAUGUC